AUGGUUCCGUCACCAACGUGGCCGUUUUCUUGUGAAUUCUUUGAUGGUAAUCUUUUCGAACAACAUUCCGCCGCGAAUCUCAACACCGAUAACCAAGUGUCGUGGAAUACGAUGGGAGUUGUUCAAGAGGAUUUGACCUCAGGCCCUGAAAGUAAACGACAAAGGAUUGAUAGCCCUGAUGCCAAUAUGCCGCAUAACUUUGGACAAUUGUCGUUCGAGAUAGGUAGUCAGCCCAACGUCAAUUCGGCUUCUGACUCUGGUUAUGGCACAAGCAUAGCAACUGCAAAGCACAUGACGCGUCAUAAAAGAGCUUUCUCCUGCACGGAACCGAGCUGCACUCGGAAAAGGGGCUUCGGGACAAUCAAUGAUCUAGAGAGACAUAAGAAAAGCGUUCAUGGAAUAGGGCCAACGCAUGGGAAGCUAAAGGAAUUUAAGUGUUUCGCGAAAGACUGUGCAAGAAAGGAGAAGAUCUGGCCUCGGCAAGAUAAUUUCAUACAACAUCUUGUCCGCAUGCAUAAGGAGGAGGAUACCACUGAACUUUUGGCACGGUCUAAUGCUUGGUUCGAAUCCACGAAGGAGUCAAAGCCGCACAAGUCAGCGGUGCAUAGCUUGCUCUCUUGUUUACCUCAGCAGGAGGUCAUAGACCCAAAGAGCUAUAGGCCUCGUCCGCUUCCAGAGGCGGCCCAAUUAGAUGACCGUCAGUCUUACACCUUCGAGGCAGUCAGCAAGUGUAAUGGGAUGUCUAGCAAUAGCCCCAAGUAUCCACAAGGUAUUCAGUCUGGACAACGAAACCAUCCUAACGAUUCCCCCUUCAACGACAAUGUCAACCCCAUGUCUGUGGAAGUUACAACAGAAGAUUUAUCCCAACCUUUGCUCGAGCAUGAUAAGUCUCAGGAGGAUAUGGACAAUUCUCGGGAUAAUAUUGAGCUUCAUCAAAGUGUUGGCAGGUCUACCGAACCCGACGGUGGACAUAAACCAUCCUCACUAUCCUUUCCUAUAAAGAACCAAGGUGACCUCCCACCGUCUUAUUUUGAUUCGGUCAGAGAGGCCGUAUUAGGCUUGUUCAAAGCUUUGGGAAGAGACGUAACCAACUCUACACCGGCGAAACCACGAAACGGAAAUGGGCCCACCUGCGACGAUGUCGCCGCUUCUGCUUUGCAAUUAGCUAGCCUUCCUGCUUAUGUUGAUCUACUUAAUAACGGGUCGAAGAAAUCCAGGGACAACGCCCUACGCGAGCUGCUCAAGGCCAGUCUAAAGCAUUUGGAGGCAUCUCGACUAAAUGAAGAUGUCCCGUCGCUAGAAAAGACUCCCACGACCAGUAAGAAUGAGGCUUUGCGACCCCGGGGAAAGAAAACUUUUGUAUGUAGAUAUGAAGGAUGUACGCGAGAGACUGCACGGUUGUCUGACCUGAAGAAGCACGAGAAGCGCCAUUCUCGACCCUACGGCUGCACUCAUCCUAGGUGCUUUAAGAGUUUCGGAAGUAAAAACGACUGGAAGCGUCACGAGAACACCCAACAUUUCCAGCUCCGGUGCUGGCGUUGUCCAGUAAAGCAUACCACGAGAAAUAACGUAGCCAGCAGAGAUGAGACCUUGAUGGAAAGGCCAGACCGUGAGGAUUUCCCUCCAGCUAUCCCUUUGCGGCGCACGGAUUGUGCCCGUCUCUUCGACAGAAAAGAUAAAUUCUAUCAACACCUCCGAUCCGAACACCUCCUUGACGACCAGCAGACAAAGCAGACCGCGAGACACAAUGAGAUCGGUCGUAAUGGGCAGUUCCAAUUCUGGUGUGGGUUCUGUUGCAAACUCAUUCAGCUGCGAAAAGAGGGGAUGGAUGCUUGGGACGAAAGAUUUGAUCAUAUUGACAACGAACAUUUUAAGAAGAAGCAAAAUAUUGGCGCUUGGGUUCACCCGGAGGGCCACCUCACCAAGCAGUGUGAAGAAAAGGCGGAUAUGGCAAGUGACACAUUGGAAACAUCUAAUGAAUGUGAGGGGGUUGAGGAGGUGGAUGCAAGCUUCAAAAGAAACGACAGUGUAGAAGAUCUCGCGAAAGAUGUGGGGUCUGUCUCUCGGACCAUGCCUGUCUCUAUUCAGACACCUGCCGCCAAUUCCAAUUGUGGACGUUCCCGGCCGCCAGCUCCGGCAGUUCAAACCAAUCCCUCCCGAGCCACCAAGAGGAAACACGCUGCUACCCUAGAAAGCUCGCUCCCAGAUGGCAAUUGUAUUGUUACCCAUCGACCUUCAUCUUUUAAUUCAGCAUCAAUGAUGUCGUCUUCACAAUUGCAAAUACAACACCAGCAGCAUGCAGCAGUCUUGCAAGGGAAGGGAAGCGACUAUUACAUGCCCGUCAACUCAUUAGUGCCAAACGAUGAUUAUGAUAAUUUGCACGGUCUCAUUCCGAUCGAAAAUAGUUUCCCGCAGAGCGCGAUUAUCACUUGUUGCAAAUGCCCCUCCGGGACAAGUGAGUAUAUCAUUCAAGUCGCAGGAAGGUGUAUCGAAUGCGACCAUGCUCCUUGCUCCGAUUGCAAGUUUGCAGUCUAG